UAUUAAUCAUGGCAACAAAUCUUGUUAAUUUAUUUUUUUUUAAAAAGCAAAUUUGGCUAUUUUUAUUCAUGUUAAGUCAAGUCAGCAGUGGACAUGAGGAUGACAUACACACUAUACAAUACACUAAAGAAACUUUUUUGGAUGAAAUCAAACAGAAAAAUAGCUUUGUCAUGUUUUAUGCACCUUGGUGUGGUCACUGUCAAAGAUUAGGACCGAUAUGGGCACAAUUAGCGGAGAUGUUUAACGAAAGAGAUGACAUUAUUAAAAUAGCUAAAGUUGAUUGUACCGUUGAUAGUACCCUUUGUAGUGAACACGAUGUUACUGGAUACCCAACACUUAAAUUCUUCAAAGUAGGAGAGUCUAAAGGUACUAAGUUUAGAGGAACGCGUGAUUUACCUUCAUUAACUACUUUUAUCAGUGAACAAUUGGGUUCUCUAUCAAAGGUAGAAGAUGAUACACCAUCUCCUCCAGAACCAGUGAAUGGUUUGUCAGAAUUAACAGAAGAGUCAUUUAAUUUUCACAUUAGGAAAGGUUAUCACUUUGUUAAAUUUUAUGCUCCUUGGUGCGGCCAUUGUCAAAAAUUGGCUCCAACAUGGGAAGAAUUAGCUAACAGUCUUCGUAACGAUGAUUCCGUUAGUAUUUCUAAAGUAGAUUGUACUUUACACAGAAGUGUAUGUGAGCAAUUUGAAAUAAAAGGGUAUCCGACUUUACUUUGGAUAGAAGAUGGAAAGAAGGUGGAUAAAUAUACUGGUCAAAGAACUCAUGAAGAUUUAAAGAAUUAUGUGUCAACGAUGCUUGAAAAAAGUGCAGAAGAGUCUACGAACAAAGACGAAAGCUCGGAUAGUACCAUUCAUAACGUAUUAAGUUUAACAGGUGAUAGCUUUAAAUAUAGUGUUGAAAAAGGUAUUUCAUUUGUGAAAUUUUUUGCACCUUGGUGCGGACAUUGCAAACGUCUGGCACCGACUUGGGAAGAGCUUGGUAGAAAAUUUUUUGCUAAUGAAGAUGUUCAUAUAGCUAAAGUGGAUUGUACACUUAAUACCUGCAAGCAGUUAUGUUACGAGGAAGAAGUAGAUAGUUUUCCGACAUUGUACUUAUAUAGAAAUGGUCGUAAAGUUUCCGAAUAUAAUGGAUCUCGUAAUCUUGACGAUCUUUAUGGAUUUGUCAUGAAUCAUUUACGAUCUCACGAUGAACUGUAAUCACACAUAUUUUGUUAUUA